AUGACUAAUAGAAUUGCAAAAAGAGAAAUUGUAUAUAGCGAUUUAAAUAACCAUUUUGUUGUAAUAAAUGACGUAAAAUAUGGAUCCGAUUUUGUAUUAUAUAAAGAGAGUGUGGACCACGAACAUGCCUUUGCUCUCGUUUUUGUAAAAGACGAAUCUUCAAUUUUAACUGAUAAGGAAAAAAUUAUCAUUUCUAGAAUAUGUGAAAGCGUUAAGAAGAGGGGAAUAAUUGCAUAUGUAGAUUAUCACACCAAGACAGUUAAAUAUGAGGAAUUAAUCAGGAAAAAAAAUAAUAACACCAAACGAAUAACGAAUAUAUAUGCCUUAUAG